AUGAAGCCUCUAGACUGCACAGUAGAGCGGCUGAAGACAUAUAUAUCACUGAAGCGCCACGUCAAAUGUGACGAGGUAAAGCCCAGCUGCGACCGCUGUCUCAAGUGGUCGGGCGUGUGCGGCGGCUAUGACCCUCCCUGGAGCAGGUCCAAUGCUCCGCGCACAAUAGUUACUUGCUCCGAGACUGAAACGCAAUCGAAACCAAUUGCCGCUAUGUGUGACCAAAAGAAUUCCCCCAUCUCCAGCCCGAGCGAAAGCGCCGUCGCCCCUUCGGUUGCUGGUGCUGAGCCGGCUACACCACCGCAUCCUCACGCCUACCAGCCCCCUGGAUAUUUUCAAGGGCAGUAUGCCAUGUCGAGUAGUGACGGUAGCAGUGUGGGAAGUUCGUUGAUGACUGAUAUACUCCCUACGACUGCUAUCAACACCGUUGACGAGAUUGGCAUUCUUGAUGCUGCCUUUUGGACGGACACGGUGCCCCGUCUAGUAAACGAGAACCUCGCAGUACACUACGCAAACAUGGCGGUACAUAUCUUGAUUGGUUGCAAGCAGAGGGUUUCCCCCCUCUGCGAACCGCCCGGCUCCGGAAACGACCAGUAUAGCCUUGCGCUGGCGCAUUACGGCACCGCACUCAAGCAGAUGCGGGACUCUAGCGAAAUAUGCGGCGGUACUCGCGCCGCAAUUCUCUGUUCGAUGCUUUUUGCCGUCUUUGAAUCCCUCAAUGGUGACCGAGAAGCGGCCGAGGCGCACCUCCUUUGCGGUCAGCGUAUGCUCAACGAGCUCCAGCUGCUGCUCCCCAUUGGGGUUGCCGCCGCAAGCUCCGGCAGCGUUCGCAAAGAACUCCCGAAUCUACUGGGGUGUAUUGUUCUCCAGUUGAGAACGGGUGGCGCGACAUACUGGAAGAGUCAGUGCGAUACGUUGUGUGCAGAGUACCUGGAGGAGACUGUUGCGGCCAGCCAAUAUGAGACCUCGACGGGAUAUGGCCAGCUCGAAGGCUAUGACUCCAUGACUUGGCCAGGGGAUGAUGGUAUUUCGGCAAUCUGGAUGAAUGAUCUCAUGUGUUAA